CUCAGCCAAUGAAGGCUUGUCACAGGGGACUCACGUGGACGAGGCGCUCUUAAAACCUAGCUCCUGACUUUUCCUCAAGUUCAAUUUUUUGGGAUUCCCUCCCACCCCCAUCACACCUCGUCCUUUUUUACUUGCCAGUUGUGACUAUUUAACCCAGUUUACCUUCUUCCCUUUUGCAGCUUUCUGCGGCGCGCAUCGCAUCGUCCCGCCGCGUCCUCCUCUUUCGCUGCUUUCUUUUUCCUGCUGCAGCUCUCGGACUCUCUCUCUCUCUCUCCCUCCCUCUCUCUCUCUGCUUCUCUCUCUCCGCUUCGUGUUUUUUUCUUUCUUUUUUUUUUUUUUUAAGAAAAGGGGUUUUGUUGUUCUACUUAAAAAAGAAUGCGAACAGUUUCCGUGUGUCGUCUGUGUGGCCACAUGACGAGCUGCCCUCACCGCUUUCCUCCGGUCCUGUCUCAGGUCUGACGCGCCUGAACCUGUCCAUGGUGCUGAAACGCGAACACACCGGUGCGCUACUUCUGCUUCUGCUGCUCUCACGUUCACAGAAAUAGACCUUAUUUCUGCAUCUUUACGCAUUUUUUUUCUGCAGGUGAGACCAUUUCGACAAUAAGUGGCUCGUCUUCUGAACUCAGAGCUGAAGGAGUUGGUCGCAAAGGAAGCAAACAAUAAUCGAUUGUGACUCUCCCAAACGAGACUACAGCGGCUACAUCGAUUUCAGGUGGACUCAUCUUUCCAGACUUGCCCAAAAAAACAAGAAAAUCGGACGCAUGUAACGCAACUUAGCCUGGAGGUAUUUUCUCUUUAAAGAAGCAGUUGGGGGAACUGGAAAUAGCGGAUGAAUAAUCUUCAUUUGUAGUGUAUCCAAAAAAAAAAAAAAAAAAAAAUCUUGGUGCGGGGAGGGGGGUUCUUUCUCUUCUACUGGAUCAACUGAGACUUUAACACCCCCCUCUCCCUCCCUAAAAUAAAACUUGUCCUGAAUACCAAAUGGUAGUUUGAGGAGGCCUCGAUCAAGACAAUGGAGGCGUCCGCCAACGGGUCCAGUUUUGGCAUCGACUCGCUGCUGUCCCACAGGCCUGGAAGUCCAGUGUCCAAAGGGGACAGUCUGGUGGGGGAGUGCCGCUCGCCUCUGGAGUUCAGCCCGAGAUCAGACGUGGAGAGCGGGUGCUCGUCGCCACCGUCGCCGAGGAGGGAGUGCGUUGAGGACUCGGUGGCCCAGAGGCAAGGUCACGGCGUCGGCCUGCCGCCGCACCUCCAGCACGCGCAAAUAUCUGCGGGGUCGCAGCAGAGGACCGUGACCUCGUCGUUCCUCAUCAGAGACAUUCUCGCGGACUGUAAGCCUCUGGCCGCCUGCGCGCCCUACUCCAGCAAUGGACAGCCGACUCAGGAGGCGGGGAGACUGGCCUCGAAGAUAGCGGACGACUUUAUGGAGAAAAUCCACAGCAACUCAUCGUCAGACAGCGAAUACAAAGUGAAAGAAGAAGGGGACAGGGAGAUCUCCAGCAGUAGAGACAGCCCUCAGGUUCGGCUGAAGAAACCCAGAAAGGCCCGGACGGCCUUCACGGACCACCAGCUGGCCCAGCUGGAGCGCAGCUUCGAGCGGCAGAAGUACCUGAGCGUUCAGGAUCGCAUGGAGCUGGCGGCCUCCCUCAAUCUCACCGACACACAGGUCAAGACCUGGUACCAGAACCGGAGGACAAAGUGGAAGAGGCAGACGGCGGUGGGACUCGAGCUUCUGGCUGAAGCUGGAAACUACUCCGCCCUGCAGAGGAUGUUCCCGUCCCCGUACUUCUACCCGCAGAGCCUAGUGUCCAACCUGGACCCCGGAGCGGCCCUCUAUCUCUACAGAGGGCCCUCGGCGCCACCGCCGGCCCUGCAGAGACCCCUGGUCCCGCGGAUCCUGCUCCACGGCCUGCAGGGGGGCAGUGAGCCGCCCCCUCCUCCUCCUCUGCCCCCCAUGUCCGGCGUGCUUCCUCGGCCUGCUCAGCAGCGGUGAGCCGGCUCCUGCUGAGGCUUUUUUUUUUCCUCCUUUUUUUUUUUCUUUUCUUUUUCUUUCUUUCUUUUUUUUUGUACGCCGAUCUUGGCAGCUUUGGACUCAUUAGAAGAAAUGAAACAAAGACAGAAAAAGAUUAAAAAAACGAACACGAGAAGAGAAAAAGGACUGCUCAAGGCCUCUAUGUGGUGAGAAAUGACCGGUUUAGGCUGAACCCUGUGGACUCAGACUGUCUGUGUGGAAGGAGUUUUUUUUUUUUUUUUGUGGGACAUGAGCUU